UCUUCCUCGGCCAGAUCUUGUUUUACAUCUUCACAUACCUCUUCAACCUCUUCCCAAAACUUUCAAAACCCUAGUUCUCUUCUCCAUUCUUUCAGCCGACCUCCUCCCCUACUCCUCCACCUCCACCUUCAGCCUCUGCGACGCCGCCUGAGCACCACCGCCAUGCUCCUCCCCUUCUUCUCCAUUCUUUCAGCCGACCUCCUCCCCUGCUUCUCCAUUCUUUCAGCCGACCUCAAAACCCGAGCACCACCGCCGAGCACCACCGCCGAGCCCCCUUGUAUCUCCACUCAUCCUCCAACAUCUAAGUAGAAAUGGGAGAGAAACAACAAUGGUCAAACGACCAUCUAAAAUGCUUAUUAGAGACUUGCAUUGAAGAGAUACACACGGUGGGUAGAAAAGGCUUGAGUUUGCAUAAAGACUCGUGGAAUAUAUUAGGAAAAGUUCUUAAGGAAAAGUUUGGCUUGGAUUUAACACAAAAACAAAUGAAGAAUGCAUAUGAUAAUCUAAAAGCCAAAUACGUAGGUUGGGUGUAUUUGAAAAACAAAACCGGCAACAUAUACAACCCUCAAACAAAUACUUUUAGCUUAACGAACGAGGAAUGGGAAGAAUUUAAGAAGGGGCAUCCGAAGGCUGCAUCAUUGAAGACAGUUCCAUUGCCUUUUCCAGAACUUUGUGCAGAAUUGUUUGAUGGAAAUACUGCCACUGGAAAUUGCAUCAUUGACAUUGUAUGCUUUUCGUUUAUGUUUUAGACAUUGUAUGCUUUUAUGUUUGACAUUGUAUGCUUUUGGUUUAUGAUUGUAUCCUUUGGUUUAUGCUUAUGCUUUUAGUUGUUUAUAAUUGUUAAAACAGGUUCAUAAUGGAUUAUAAUAAGAAAUUACUUCUCGUUAUUCUUAUGUACUUGUAUGUCCGGUUUUUUUGGAAGAGAGGUUUAAAACGAAUGCGAGAUAAUGAUUCGCGUAUGACGGGACAUAAAUACACGUUAGAGUUAUUGACAGGAAAUCCCAAACAAUGCAUUGAUCUUCUACGUAUGUCUCGUGAGUCAUUUGUCCGACUAUGUGCACAUUUUAGAGUAAAUUAUUCGUUAGAGGAUAGUAAACAUGUAUCGGUUGAGGAGAAGAUGGCUAUGUUUUUGAUGAUAAUCGGUCAUAAUCAACGAUAUGUAGUUAUCAAGCGUAGAUUUCAACACUCAAAGCAAACAAUUCAUAAAUAUUUUUAUGAAGUGUUGGAUAAAAUGAUGCUCUUUGCCAAAGAAAUGAUAGUACCAACUUCUUUCAAUCCUAAUCCAAACGUACCGGGACAUAACAAGAGACUACGACGGGUUUUUAAAGGAGCGGUUGGUGCACUAGAUGGAACUUUAAUACAUGCUGUUGUCCCUACUAGUAAACAAGAUUUAUAUAGAGGAAGAGGAAAAGGAGAUUGUUAUCAAAACGUAUUAGCAAUUUGUGACUUCAACAUGAUUUUUACGUUCGUCGUGGCCGGCUGGGAAGGUGUAGCACAUGAUGCAAGAAUAUUAUCAGAGGCAUUAUCAGAUCCAGAUGCACCAUUCCCGUUUCCACCACAAGACAAGUAUUAUCUUUGUGAUGCCGCGUAUGCACACAUACGAGGAUUUAUGGCUCCAUAUCGUAAUGUGAGGUAUUGGCUAGGAGAUUUUCGCCGAAGACGUGCAUUGACUAAUAAAGAGAAAUUUAACCAUGCUCAUGCAAGACUUCGGAACGUAAUUGAGCGUGCCUUUGGUGUCUUGAAAGCAAGAUUCCGUAUUUUGAAGAGGAUGGCACCAUUUCCAUUGGUUACACAAAGGAACAUUACUAUUGCAUGUUUCGCGCUACAUAAUUUUAUAAGGAAAGAGGGUUUGAGCGAUGAAUUGUUUACAGAAUAGAAUCAACCCAAUGUUUCGGUGCAUAAUACGCAAGUGCACGUUAAUGCUGGUGAAGACGAGGUUGAAGCACAUGGUACCGCAUCGGAUCGAGAAUAUAUGAAUCAGUUACGAGAUGAGAUUGCUGAGCAGUUAAUGCAAAGCACGGAUACAAUGCUUUAAAAAAAAUGUUAUUGUCUUUUUUAUGAAUAUUAUUUAAGUAUUGUAUAACUAUUAUUUAAGUUUGAAUGUUGAAAAACUCUUUUAAGUUUAAUAAAUCAGUUUAUUUAUAUUUCAGUUUA